AGCACUGAUGAUGUCUCCUAGUCAGGGGACGAAACGUUUCCCCGACAUGAUUUCUCAAGGAGCUGUCGGGAACUCAAAGAAAAACAUGACAUCACCCAAGAUGGCAUUCACCGCUUGAUAACCAGUAAUGGUGAAAGCUACCAGGCUUUCUGUGACAUGACUACCGACAGAGGGGGUUGGACUCUGGUUGCAAGUGUCCAUGAGAACAAUAUACUCGGGAAGUGCACCACUGGGGACCGCUGGUCCAGUCAGCAAGGGGGUAAUGUCAAUUUUCCAGCAGGAGAUGGGUCAUGGUCCAACUACGCGACAUUUGGUUCACCGGAAGGAGCGACAAGUGAUGACCUGAAGAACCCAGGUUACUAUGACAUAGAGGCCUCAGACAUAGCGAUCUGGCAUGUGCCCAAUAACACACCACUGAGCAGCUGGAAAGAUGCAGCAAUCCUCCGCUAUCACACCGAAACCAACUUCCUAGAAGAAUAUGGAGGAAACUUGCAUCAGCUGUUCCAUCAAUUCCCUGUAGAAUACAACAAAGGGAUAUGCCAAGAAAAUAAUGGACCUUUCUCUCAAAUUCUUUAUGACCUUGGCAAUGAUGCGAAGGUCAAAAGUUUGUAUGGGCCUAGUUCUCAAGCUGAGUUUGAUCCAGGAUUUGUCCAAUUCAGGGUUUUUAACAAUGAAAAAGCAGCAAUGGCAAUGUGUUCUGGAGUGAAAUAUAAAGGAUGCAAUGCAGAACAUGUCUGUAUUGGAGGUGGAGGAUACUUCCCUGAGGCAUCGCCAAGGCAGUGUGGAGAUUUCACAGCCUUCGACUGGGAUGGGGUUGGUACGCAUAUAGGAUGGAGUGCAUCGAAGGAGGUGACAGAGGCUGCAGUGUUGAUCUUUUACCGUUAA